AUGACAAAGGAGGAAUAUCAGACCAAAGAGCAGAAUCUAGUGGUGCGCCAGACCCUCUGGGAGCUACCCAUCAGCUGCCCCAGCUGCAAUGACCAGUUCUCAGAUAGGAAAGAUCUCUCCAGACACUUGGAGUUCGUUUGUGAGGGGCGUGUGGUUUGCUGCAAGUACCACUGCGUGGGCUGUUCUUGGAAGGGCCCCUACAAGGACAGCGUCUCACAUGAUUCCGACUGUGGGUUUCCCCAGAAGCAGGGAAAGGAGAUCCUAGAUAUGCUGCAUGUCGAGGACAGGGAGCUUGAGGCCCAAAAGCCCGUGUUGCAGCUCCAUCGGGUGCUGAGUGCUAGCCGGGUGGAAUUUUUCACCUUGAGAAUGAAGUGGAUACACCGCUCAGAGGGUUUUGGAGAACCAGAACUCGUCUGCAGCAUACCUCUGAUGAUCUCUUAUCCCGAUCCCCACAGUCGAUUCGUGCCUUUGUGGAGGAUUGGGUGCUGCGUCUACAUGCCGCAGAGUGUCUGCAGCGCCAAGCAGCUGCACGACAUACGCCCGCGUAUCUACCGCCAUAUUUUCGAUUCAACCGGCAAGUGCGCAAAGCGCCAGGAGCUUCCCUUGGCGGGACCUCAGGCCCUGUACCGGCUAUUUGCCAUGACCCGGAUCCAGCUCCGGUUUGGGCGCCUUCUGGAUCUGCUCGUUCACAGCAAGACCUUCUUCAGCAGCAGCGUUGGCCUUAUCAUGGAAGUCACCGCCGUUCUGGCUGUUGCCAUCUUCAAUAAAACGCGUGCCUGCUGCCCCAGUUGUCGAUCGCUCAUUAGAAACUACGAUCAGGAGCAGAAUCUAGUGGUGCGCCAGACCCUCUGGGAGCUACCCAUCAGCUGCCCCAGCUGCAAUGACCAGUUCUCAGAUAGGAAAGAUCUCUCCAGACACUUGGAGUUCGUUUGUGAGGGGCGUGUGGUUUGCUGCAAGUACCACUGCGUGGGCUGUUCUUGGAAGGGCCCCUACAAGGACAGCGUCUCACAUGAUUCCGACUGUGGGUUUCCCCAGAAGCAGGGAAAGGAGAUCCUAGAUAUGCUGCAUGUCGAGGACAGGGAGCUUGAGGCCCAAAAGCCCGUGUUGCAGCUCCAUCGGGUGCUGAGUGCUAGCCGGGUGGAAUUUUUCACCUUGAGAAUGAAGUGGAUACACCGCUCAGAGGGUUUUGGAGAACCAGAACUCGUCUGCAGCAUACCUCUGAUGAUCUCUUAUCCCGAUCCCCACAGUCGAUUCGUGCCUUUGAGGAGGAUUGGGUGCUGCGUCUACAUGCCGCAGAGUGUCUGCAGCGCCAAGCAGCUGCACGACAUACGCCCGCGUAUCUACCGCCAUAUUUUCGAUUCAACCGGCAAGUGCGCAAAGCGCCAGGAGCUUCCCUUGGCGGGACCUCAGGCCCUGUACCGGCUAUUUGCCAUGACCCGGAUCCAGCUCCGGUUUGGGCGCCUUCUGGAUCUGCUCGUUCACAGCAAGACCUUCUUCAGCAGCAGCGUUGGCCUUAUCAUGGAAGUCACCGCCGUUCUGGCUGUUGCCAUCUUCAAUAAAACGCGUGCCUGCUGCCCCAGUUGUCGAUCGCUCAUUAGAAACUACGAUCAGGAGCAGAAUCUAGUGGUGCGCCAGACCCUCUGGGAGCUACCCAUCAGCUGCCCCAGCUGCAAUGACCAGUUCUCAGAUAGGAAAGAUCUCUCCAGACACUUGGAGUUCGUUUGUGAGGGGCGUGUGGUUUGCUGCAAGUACCACUGCGUGGGCUGUUCUUGGAAGGGCCCCUACAAGGACAGCGUCUCACAUGAUUCCGACUGUGGGUUUCCCCAGAAGCAGGGAAAGGAGAUCCUAGAUAUGCUGCAUGUCGAGGACAGGGAGCUUGAGGCCCAAAAGCCCGUGUUGCAGCUCCAUCGGGUGCUGAGUGCUAGCCGGGUGGAAUUUUUCACCUUGAGAAUGAAGUGGAUACACCGCUCAGAGGGUUUUGGAGAACCAGAACUCGUCUGCAGCAUACCUCUGAUGAUCUCUUAUCCCGAUCCCCACAGUCGAUUCGUGCCUUUGAGGAGGAUUGGGUGCUGCGUCUACAUGCCGCAGAGUGUCUGCAGCGCCAAGCAGCUGCACGACAUACGCCCGCGUAUCUACCGCCAUAUUUUCGAUUCAACCGGCAAGUGCGCAAAGCGCCAGGAGCUUCCCUUGGCGGGACCUCAGGCCCUGUACCGGCUAUUUGCCAUGACCCGGAUCCAGCUCCGGUUUGGGCGCCUUCUGGAUCUGCUCGUUCACAGCAAGACCUUCUUCAGCAGCAGCGUUGGCCUUAUCAUGGAAGUCACCGCCGUUCUGGCUGUUGCCAUCUUCAAUAAAACGCGUGCCUGCUGCCCCAGUUGUCGAUCGCUCAUUAGAAACUACGAUCAGGAGCAGAAUCUAGUGGUGCGCCAGACCCUCUGGGAGCUACCCAUCAGCUGCCCCAGCUGCAAUGACCAGUUCUCAGAUAGGAAAGAUCUCUCCAGACACUUGGAGUUCGUUUGUGAGGGGCGUGUGGUUUGCUGCAAGUACCACUGCGUGGGCUGUUCUUGGAAGGGCCCCUACAAGGACAGCGUCUCACAUGAUUCCGACUGUGGGUUUCCCCAGAAGCAGGGAAAGGAGAUCCUAGAUAUGCUGCAUGUCGAGGACAGGGAGCUUGAGGCCCAAAAGCCCGUGUUGCAGCUCCAUCGGGUGCUGAGUGCUAGCCGGGUGGAAUUUUUCACCUUGAGAAUGAAGUGGAUACACCGCUCAGAGGGUUUUGGAGAACCAGAACUCGUCUGCAGCAUACCUCUGAUGAUCUCUUAUCCCGAUCCCCACAGUCGAUUCGUGCCUUUGAGGAGGAUUGGGUGCUGCGUCUACAUGCCGCAGAGUGUCUGCAGCGCCAAGCAGCUGCACGACAUACGCCCGCGUAUCUACCGCCAUAUUUUCGAUUCAACCGGCAAGUGCGCAAAGCGCCAGGAGCUUCCCUUGGCGGGACCUCAGGCCCUGUACCGGCUAUUUGCCAUGACCCGGAUCCAGCUCCGGUUUGGGCGCCUUCUGGAUCUGCUCGUUCACAGCAAGACCUUCUUCAGCAGCAGCGUUGGCCUUAUCAUGGAAGUCACCGCCGUUCUGGCUGUUGCCAUCUUCAAUAAAACGCGUGCCUGCUGCCCCAGUUGUCGAUCGCUCAUUAGAAACUACGAUCAGGAGCAGAAUCUAGUGGUGCGCCAGACCCUCUGGGAGCUACCCAUCAGCUGCCCCAGCUGCAAUGACCAGUUCUCAGAUAGGAAAGAUCUCUCCAGACACUUGGAGUUCGUUUGUGAGGGGCGUGUGGUUUGCUGCAAGUACCACUGCGUGGGCUGUUCUUGGAAGGGCUCCUACAAGGACAGCGUCUCACAUGAUUCCGACUGUGGGUUUCCCCAGAAGCAGGGAAAGGAGAUCCUAGAUAUGCUGCAUGUCGAGGACAGGGAGCUUGAGGCCCAAAAGCCCGUGUUGCAGCUCCAUCGGGUGCUGAGUGCUAGCCGGGUGGAAUUUUUCACCUUGAGAAUGAAGUGGAUACACCGCUCAGAGGGUUUUGGAGAACCAGAACUCGUCUGCAGCAUACCUCUGAUGAUCUCUUAUCCCGAUCCCCACAGUCGAUUCGUGCCUUUGAGGAGGAUUGGGUGCUGCGUCUACAUGCCGCAGAGUGUCUGCAGCGCCAAGCAGCUGCACGACAUACGCCCGCGUAUCUACCGCCAUAUUUUCGAUUCAACCGGCAAGUGCGCAAAGCGCCAGGAGCUUCCCUUGGCGGGACCUCAGGCCCUGUACCGGCUAUUUGCCAUGACCCGGAUCCAGCUCCGUUUGUGGAUGUUUUUGCAUUAUUGA